AUGCCUUUUCCCUUCAUAGAAACAUGCACGUUACUCAACAACCUCGAGAGGCUCGAGACAUGCGAUGCACCACUACUCGGUCCGGCCAAAUACUCCAAGUCAAAGGAGCUCAUCGAGUCCUGGUUCAAGUCUCACAGACGGAAGAUCAUCGAGCUUAGUGAAGAUGGCCAGACCGCUUUACUAUCGACCCUCCUCCCGGAAUGGAGAACAGAUCGGGUCUACGGUAUUCAAACACAAAGCCUGUACCGCAUGCUAAGCCGAACCCUUGGCCUUGGUACUGCCAGACUGAAGGAUCUCGAGGCGUACAAGCAGCCAGGUUUCGGCGAUCUUCCGGCAUGUCUGGAACGCGUCCUGAGAGCCGGAGGAACACCCGCCCACCCACCUGUUCAGCUCGAAGAAGUGGACGAUAUGCUGGGGACUUUGGCGAGUGGCAGCAUAUUCUCUGAUCCAUCAAUUCCAAGACUGCCGCGCAGUUCUUCAGAAAUGCGAGAUCCAGUCAUUGCUCGUCUUCUCAAGCGUGUGAGGCCCGAUGAGGGCAAAUGGCUUGCCAGACUCAUACUCAAGGACUUCUCUCCCGUACGACUGGAUGAAUUUUUCAUUUUGAAGAACUUCCACUUCCUGCUUCCGGAUCUGUUACGGUUCCAGCGAAGCUUUCGGUCUGCUGUUGGAUUACUCAAGGGUGAGCUGAGCGAGUAUCAUGCACAGCCAGACCCGAGAUCUCAACGAUUAUUCAGACUCCAGGCGAGUCAGCGAAUGCGGCCUACUGUAAACACGAAAGUCGGUCGUCCGACCUUCCACAAGGCCAGAGGCAUCGAGCAUUGUCUGAAUAUGCUCGGAUCACAAGAGUGGGUCAUUGAGCGGAAGUACGAUGGCGAAUACUGCGAAGUACACGUGGAAUUGCUACAUGCGCCAGACUGGAAGAAAUGCAUCAAGAUAUAUGCAAAGAGCGGCAAAGACGCUACUGCGGACCGCGCUGGACUGCAUGAGACACUGAUCAGCUCGCUACGCCUAGGAGACGCUAAGUGCCGCUUCAAGCGCAGGGCGAUAUUCUUGGGCGAGCUUGUGGUGUACUCGGACGAAGAGGAUCGCGUCAUGCCAUUCGAUGAAAUCAGAAAGCAUGUCACGAGAUCCGGCGUACGACUUGGUGCAGACGCAGACUCACAGCCGCGGGCUUGCGAGCAUCUUGCCAUUGUGUUUUUCGACAUAUUGCUACUCGAUGACGAGAUUGUGAUGAACAGGCCAGUCGAGGAACGACGCCAGUGGCUGCGUGAGACAUAUCGAAAGAUCCACGGCCGAGCUCUAGGUGCUGAGUGGAAGAAGAUCGACUUCACUGACAGAGAGUAUGGUCGACGAAAGCUCAUCGAGCAAUUUGGCCAUGCGAUCGGGCGACGCUGCGAGGGCUUAGUGCUGAAGCCGUGUGGCGUCCCUUACUUCUCUCUGGACGCCAGUCCGGAUGACUUCAAGCACAGUUUCAUCAAGCUGAAGAAAGACUACAUUGACGGCAUGGGUGACGAAGCAGAUUUCGCCGUGAUUGGUGCGAGUUACGUCGCCCAAAAGGCCGCCGCGACCACUUCUACUGCAUCAAGAUAUACCAGCUUCCAUUUAGGCUGCUUGACGAACAAGGACGAUGUGCGCAGAGUCAAUGCAAGACCCAUCUACAAGUACGUCUGGACGGUCGAUCACGAGAAGUGCAUACCCAAGCCUGUUCUAGAAGCGGCCAACAUCGUUGCCAGGUUCGCUGGGAAGCCGUACACGCCCGGUGUAGCCCCUCAGAAGUUCAACAUUGACUCACACAUCACCCUGAAGAUGGAUGUCGUCUUCGACGAGCCGUUCGUGGUCGAAGUGCUUGGUUCUGGGUUUGACAAGCCGUCAAACUGCCGAUUCCUGAUGCUGCGGCAUGCUCGUGUGAAGAAGCUCCACGAAGAUCGAACAUGGAUGGAAUGUGUUACUUUCCAGGAGCUGCAGCAACAAGGUGAUGCCGCUCGCUCAGCACCAGCCGACUCCGAAUUGCAAGACACCCUACGCUGGAUUGCGAAGCUUGAGGCGAGCAGCAAGAGGACAUUCGAGAGAGAACGAAGCAUGAGCAUGACCCCGAGGUACACUAGGUCGAGAACGUCUCUCACGCCUUUGCGAGCCUCAAUAUCAGCAGCCAGUGUCUCGGGCAGGGUAAAAAGUCCAGGACAUCAGCAUCCUGGUGUCGAUGGCCUGCCGACUCCACUACCGUCGUCUGCAGCCCAGCCAACAACCACAUCGCCCAAUCAGACCAGGUGUCGCAAGCGAGCUCUAGAAGGACCGCAGACGCACACAGUCGCGAAACGGGUACGCGCCGACCAUAGCACGACCUCAGCUGAAGCUAGUCGACUGACGCCACCAGUAUCAUCUCCGCUGAACGACAUCACCAACACAGCCAAUGGCAGUCCCACCCGGGAACCAGCUAGGCAUGCUCCACGAAGUAGCGCACUCACCAACAUCGUCAACAAAGUUGUCACACUGGUCCAACCAACCAGGCCGACCACAACUCAGCUCUCCAAGACUCAUCUCUGUGAGAACAGCACCUGCGCCUUCUCAAACACCACAAUCUACCUCGCCCCCUGCAUCGCCUCAACCCUCUACAUCACCGAAGAUCUCCUGUCCACCCACGCCGUCGCCAUGACUCCCACCCUCUCCCACUGGGACCGAAACAGUUUCUCCCACGAUCCCCUCACCGACACAGUCUCAGAGUCGCAAUCGCACCCCGGUAUGCGGAAGAUCGUGCUGGUCGAGCACAAACGCCGGACCGCGACACGGGCGUUGGUGCAGAUUGUGCUACAGCUUAAUGAUGGGAGGUUUAAGGAGAGGGUUGAGGUGUGGGAUUGGAGGAUGCUGGAGGAGUGUCAGGGGCAUGAUAGGCCGGUGGAUCGGGUGAAGAAGUAUUUUCUUGGAGCGACGAUCUGGGAUGAGGGUAGGAGGAGGGCGAUGUUUGUUAGUGGGUGUGAGUGGUUGAGGUUCUGA